GAAACUGGAUUCCGCAACUUGGAUCUGCCUGAUGUUCUGGAAGACUCGGUACAGCAGCUCUGCACUCCGACUGCUCGCAACUUCAUUGUGGACUUCGGUGAUGAAGAAGCAUGGGUGUCCUUUGACCAACCAGCCGAGACAAUCAAUACUCUGCUGGACACACCACGUCCAUCGAAUCUUCAUACCCGAUGGAUCAACAUUUGGUUUCCCUUCCAGCAACGACCUUUGCUCGAGAUUCUUGCACAACAGUAUGACUUCUCACCACGACUGCUGGCACUCAUGAGCUCUGAUCCAAGACGUAUGCGCCAGUAUCCUUCUCAACCCAUCGAACAGAGGAAUGAAGCAAUUCUUCGACGCUCAUUCGAAGAUAUCGAGAAAGGCCUCUCUUCAUCGCCACCUCCCGCCACAGACACAAGCUCACUCUCGAGCUCGAACCCUGCCCGUACCGGAAACCUGUACGACAUUGUCGACGGUGUGUGGCACUACACUUCUCUGGACCAAGGCCGCAGUUACCUAUGCCUGGGCUUCAACAGUUUGUAUAACGUGCAUGCUGUCGAAACCGGCUGUGGUGUCUCGGAAGAAAGUACCGGAACCAAGGAUGCACCUUUGCCUCACAUCAAGCGAGUCUGGACAUGGUUGCUCAUCUGCGCGGACAAGACUGUCAUCAGCAUCAAUGAGGAUCUGUAUCCUUACAGUGAAGGUCGAUUGUCGCAUCCUCAGCAGCUGGUCAUGAUGGAGACGCGUCGCAAUCUCAUCAAUGUGUUCCGCUCGUUGUCGAAGGUCGAAGACAGCAGAGAAGCCAAUCCUCUUGUACUCUUGCCCAUCCGCAGAAGACUUGGUGACACGAAGGAGGAGACUGCGCACCGCGACAAAGACGCACCUGGUCUGCUGUUCUACUACCUGUUUGAGAAUUGGUUUAAUAGCUAUUCUCUCAUCACACGCAGAGAAAGCAGAUACGGAAUGGAAUUGGAGAAACUUCAAAAAGAGAUGUUCUCAGCACCAAAGCUUCACCACAUCGACCUUCUGCAUGGCAUUGGCAAUGAACUCGGAGCACUCAAACGACACUACAAGAGUUACAUCAGACUUGUUGAUCGAGUCACUGAACCGCAGUCAAGCACACUGGCGUCAAGAACUGGAUCUCGUGUUCCCAGCAAAGCAAGUCAAGAAACCUUUGACAAGCUCGCCCACCAAGGAGGUCAAUCUCUAAUGGGAAUUGGUCUGACCAGCGCCGCCAUUGUCCGAUUUGAACGUCUCCGUGACAUGAUCAGCUUGUACGCUCUGGCCGAGUGCAAGGAUUACCUGCAUCAGAAAGAUGGGUUGGUCCAGAUGAACUUCCAGUUGGUGGCCAUGUCGCAGUCUGCCGGAGUGGAUCGCCUUACGAGGGUGGCGCUGCUCAUCAGCAAAGCAACCAUCUUGUUCCUGCCUCUGACAUUCCUGACCGAGUACGUGUCGGCCGACCUUGGAGUCACAUACUCUGUCAAGACAUACUGGAUCGCCUUUGCUGUUGUGUUGACGCUGAGCUGGGUGCUGUUGAUGGGCUUCGGAGUGUUGAGUGGAACCAUGGAGUCU